AUGAGCCUACAGACUGCAACGCCGCCACAAUACAGCACCUCUAAACCUUCCGUAGGUGUCGGUAUGUGGACUGAAGAAGAGCAUGCUCGUUUUCUCGAAGGUGUAAAGCUCUUUUCGAGUGGACCAUGGAAACGCGUUGCGGCUUAUGUCGGCACACGUAACGUCCGCCAAACUAUGACUCAUGCCCAGAAGUAUCGAUUAAAGGCCGCUCGUCGAUUGCGUGAGGCACAACGCAAACAAGCUGCCGCACGACACGGACUUCACAGCGCACACAGAGGAACUGCAGUCGAGACUGCACUUGCUCAACGAACAUUGCAGUCACCGACAACUACUGGAGGACUCGGACUUGGAUCUUAUUCAAAGAUGCGACUGCCGUGCAGCUGCACUGAAAAGGACUGCCCUCACAUGGACGAUGCAAGCAAGAUCUACAUGUCCAUUGCAGAUGCAAUUGAAAUUUUAGACUCCAAGUCAUCGAUUGACUCAGUCGCAGGCUCACCAGUCUCAACGGACGACACACUUGGCAACUCAUGGCUGCACGUUGAUGCCUUUGAUCCCGUUAUCAAGAUGGAAGCGUUUGACAAGGACGAACUCAUUCCGCUUGACUCUACAACUACUGACUCUAGUGAAUUCCCAACGCUUGAAGACUGCGCCAGUGAGCUGCUGGAGCUGCUAUUCUAA